AGCGAACCACUUAGAUGUUCCUUCCACCACUAAAGUAUUUUUCUACCCUGAUGGACAAGCGUAUGAUUUACCAGGAUUUGGUAUUGUUUCGUGUGAUUUAUCGUAUCGUUUGGUGCAGUGUGGCUUUAAGUGGCAUGUCGGGUCAGGACCUUCUGGGUUGUGUCGUCUUACUCGGGCCCGCUCGCCCCUUUUUCUCUUAUUUAUGUUUUGGUUGAGAAGGUGCACGGGUUGUUUCCGCGUCUGCACGGCCCUUUCACAUGUUUCCAUGUUUGCACACUCUGGAAUAAAAGCUCAUGCAAGGUGUGACGAGAAGACGUGGUCACUGCGUGUGGAUCGCCAUGAACAAACCCGCAGCAGAGCGUCGGCGAGUAGAAUUCAGGAGGCGUUUGAGGAAUGCGAGCGACUGGCAGGGCCCGAGCCGCGGUGUCGGAGGAUGCCGUGCACGUGGGUGUGAACUGCACCGAGUCACACCACCCCUGGAGGGGAGGGGAGGGGUGGGGUGGGGUGUUCCCGCCAGAGCGCUCCAGGCAUUCGAGAGCGGCGGUCCAAGCCGCAGGAUCGCUGACACCGCAGGACUUGGCUCGCCGGACAAGGAGCCGGUCAGAGAGGGCCGCCACUGAAAGCCUCUUGUCGUGCAUGUGCGCUGCGGGGCGACGUCCACAUGUGCUCUUACAGUACGUGUUUGUUUUUCCCAACACUCACAGCCCGCCGAGCGCAAGGCAAGGCAGCAGGUGGCGCUCUAACCGCCCACUUUCACUGAGCCCACCCCCCCCCCCCCCCCAAAACUCCCAAAAUAUUCUAACUUUGUGACCGCAAAGCUUUUGUUUCUCCCACAAAAGCCAUCCAUUUUUUAUAUCACUUACCCUCAUUCGGGUCAUGCUGGAGCCUAUCCCAGCUGACUUGGGACGAAAGUGGCCAGCCAAUCACAGGCCACAUAUAGACAAACAACCAUUCCCACCCACAUUCAUAACCUAUGGACAAUUUGGAGUCGCCAAUGAACCUCCACACGGAGAUGCCCAAGCAGAGAAUCGAACAUGCUACCCACUCGACCACCGUACGGCCCGUUUUUAAAUCCGCCAAAACAAAAGAGUUUUCUGCCUGCACAUCCCACCUUCGCCGUCCAGAGGGCCGGUGAUGGUGACUGCAUGGCAUGCCGCCAUCUUAGCUUAGAAAGCCAUCAGUGUCUGUGUCUGUGGGAAUGUUGGCUUGGGUGAAUUGAUCCAAGGUGUCCAAAGUGCGGCCCACGGGCCAUUUUUUACCAGCAGCUCACUUUUUAAAUAGCCAUAGGUAUAUCGUAAAAAUAAUAUUUAGAUUAAUUUACAUUAAUGUUAAAAAAAUAUAUAUUAGAGCGCCCUUGUUUCUUCAGUUUUUUGUUCAUUUUCAUGUCUGACACCAUUAGAGGUACCAAUACCCUGCUGCGAAAAACCGGCAUACACCAGCAUACGUUGUGUUUUGGUGUUGGUAUGGUGGUCCUCGCACGGAAACACAACGUAUGCUGGUCUAUGUUGUUUUUUUCAGCAGGGUAUAUGGACAAAUAUAACGAUGACAACAAAAGGCAGUACAAUGCUAUAGCUAUUGAUGUAACAACUUGGCCUGUUAGCAAGAAAACAAUGGAAGAUAGCAGCUCUUAAAUUAAUAAAUUAAACUUUUUAUAGGUUAUUUUUGUUGCCAUAAUUCAUUCAUCAUCUGUCCAAGCAAUGUACUACAAAAUACUUGUAGUAGUACCAGGCAUUAACAUGAAGCAAUACACUGAAGAAACAAGGGUGCUCUCAUCGUUUUUCCCCGUGACUAUAAUUUAAAUAUUAGACGAGCUAAGAGGAAAAAGGAGCGUCUUGAGGUGAGAAACACGGUUGAAUUCCAGAAAUGUUGGUGUUGAUCUCGCCGCCACAUGGUGUCUUUGGCAACAAUCACGUCUUCAGUGAUGGUAAUCAAUGGAUGUACAUUAUUUCUGAUGGGGGGGGGGGGAAGUCGGACCUUCUGGAACGGAUUAACAACGUUCUUCGCUGGAUGGCUUUCAGCAUCCUAAAUGUGCUAAUUAUAGCCACAGGAUCCAUGAGUCCUUUUCAUGUUUCUGUCCGUUGCUUUUUGAGGUGCCAGCAUUUGUUUGUGACGGCGCUCACCACCAACGUAUCUGACGGCGAAUCCCAUUCCCCAGAAGCAUCGAGGCGUGCGUGCGUGUCACUUUGAAGCCUUGUCGUCCAAAUGGAGCGUCCAAAUUGCAGCCGUCGUAUCGCCAUCAAGACUUUUUUUUUUUUUUCUUGCGGGACAAUCACACAAACAAGCGAGAUCUUUUAUGUGAUUCUUCUUGAUGUCGGCAGGCCGCGACCUCAUCGGUGUGCGUGUUUUGUUUCCUGUGAGGCCAUCGAGAUGAAAACAGGCCGCCAUGUUGUUAUCCAUUCAUUCAUUCAUUCAUUUUCUACCGCUUUUCCUCACGAGGGUCGCGGGGGGCGCUGGAGCCUAUCCCAGCUGUCUUCGGGCGUGAGGCGGGGUACACCCUGGACUGGUGGCCAGCCAAUCACAGGGCACCUAUAGACAAACAACCAUUCACACUCACAUUCAUACCUAUGGACAAUUUGGAGUCGCCAAUUAACCUAGCAUGUUUUUGGAAUGUGGGAGGAAACCGGAGUACCCGGAGAAAACCCACGCAUGCACGGGGAGAACAUGCAAACUCCACACAGAGAUGGCCGAGGGUGGGGAUUGAACCCUUGUCUCCUAGCUGUGAGGUCUGCGCGCUAACCACUAGACCCAAAUGGAAUGGAAAAGUGACGAUGUGGUGGAAAAGAAGCGCCGUUCGGGAGCAACGACGCGGAGAACCUCGAUGAUAAGAACUGAGACACAAACGUGACGUCACAUUCUGCUCUCUUGAGAUGCCUUUCACAUCUCAUCCAGAACUUUCCAUACGUCCCACAGCAGACGAGUGGGCCCAGCGCCGCCACCUGAGCCUCCUGUGAUGUCUUCACCUCGCCUUUGCUCACCAGACAAAGUCCGAGCGGCGGAAGAUCUGACCCGACACGAAUGUGAGGAAGAUGAGCGCUACCACUACCCCCCACCCCCGCACCCCCGCCACGAGGGAAGAUUUGUUUGUUUGUCAUCAAGACUGACAAUCUCGGUGGCGGCGGCCCAGCGUGGUUAGUCCGCCGAGACACAAACGUCGCAUUUUGCAGUCAAGUCGCACGGAGACGACGAAGUGCGGCGCUCCUUUUGCCGUCUUCGCCUGCGUGUGAAAUAUUCCAGCCGACAGCAACGCGAGCGGCUCUGGCCAAACGCUGGCGGAAGCUCCUAGACGUAAAAUAAACACCAGUGGCACCAAGACACUCGCACUAUGGCGGGCGCAUACAUCACUGUCCAAUGCCGUCCUAUUAGCUUCAAAUGGAUGCUUCUUUUUGCAUUACUUGGUUUUCGGCCAACAUUUUUCCCUGGUUUUCGCCUGCUGCCUCGGUCAGAAACUAGGUCUCAUGGAGGGCCCCCACAAACGUUUCUUAUUGGGUGAUAAAGAGGAAAAACUGGUGAAGAAGUCUCAAAGUACGACGACGCCGCGCCUUCGCCGCCAUUAAAGGUAAAAGCGAUGGUAAAUUAUCACUUCCUUCCACAGUGGGAAUCAUUUCACACGCAUGAUUGUCUGCUAAAUGUACUUUGUGUGAAUAUUUUGGGGUGUCCGGAAUGCAUGAAUUGGGGUUACAUCAUUUCCUGUCGGGAAGAAUCGCCUGGCUUUUUGCAGUUCUCGGUUUUAGGAACAUUUAUUUGGUAGUACCACCGCUCCUCCUCGCCACUCGUGUGCUUUUAUCACUAAUAACGUCAACACCCGGUCCGUGACGUCCAACAAGUGCAGUCCACUUUUUAAUUGGACUGUGAUCAUUCCAUAUUGUGCGUGUGUGUGUGUGUGUGUGUGUGUGUGUGUGUGUGUGUGUGCGUGUGGAGGCUGGCCCCCGGUCCACGAUUACAUCACCGCCCAGCAGUCUACUUGGGCACACAGCGCGGCGGCGUCACUCCAGAAGAAGAAGAAGAAGAUGAGGAUCAAGAGGCGCGCCGGACCGCCCCAGGACGUCCACGGACGCGGACCCCGUCCCGUGACGUGAGGCGGGAGGACAAGAGGACGUGAAGCGAAGUUCGCGGAGGACAUGGCCGACUGUCCCUUGCCGCUGCUGCUGACGCUCGCGCUGCUGUCCGCGGGCGCGUGCCAGCACUACUUCCUGCUGCGUCCCGUCCCCAGCGACAGCCUCCCCGUCGUGGACCUCAAGGAGGACCCCGACCCGCUGCUGGACCCGAAGGAGAAGGACCUGAACGAGACGGAGCUGCGGGGCGCCCUGGGCGGACACUUUGACGCCGACUUCAUGUCCGUGCACGAGCCGGACGGCGAGGGGGCGGCGGGCGAGCCCGACCCGCGGCCCCGCCUCGGCGGACCCAUGCCCAAAGAGAUCCGGGCCAUGGAGUUCGAGGCGCCGCACGGCAAGAAGCAGAAGCCGGGCAGGAAGCUCCGGCGGCGGCUGCAGCUGUGGCUGUGGUCGUACGCCUUCUGCCCGGUGGUCCACGCCUGGAACGACCUGGGCAGCCGCUUCUGGCCGCGCUACGUCAAGGUGGGCAGCUGCUCCAGCAAGCGCUCCUGUUCCGUGCCGGAGGGCAUGCACUGCAGGCCGGCCGGGUCCUCCCACCUCACCCUGCUCAGGUGGCGCUGCCUGCACCGGAAGGCGGCUCUCAGGUGCGCCUGGAUCCCCGUUCAGUACCCCGUCGUGUCCGAGUGCAAGUGCGCCUGCGCCAACUGAUCGGCGCUCGAAAGUGAUUGAUUGACGUUCGGUGAUUGAAAGCGAAAGUUGGUGGACAGCUGUUGACUUUUGUUGCCGCUUCCGGGAAAAUUCAACACAGAAGUGCAGCCUUCAGUGUAAAACGAUGCAUUGAUCGGGAUCAAUAACGGACACCAAGCUAUGAAAGACUCGCUCCCAAAUCACGAAUGUUCUUGUCGCACCCCAGCUGUCAAUCAAACAUUGUUGUGACAAGAUGCUCUCUGUGGAGGUCAGCGUUGAGCUGAGACUUGAAUAACUUGAUUAAAACCUGGCUUCAUGGCCGUCUUUUCCCGUCUUUGACUCGUGGUGGAAGGUAGUGGUAAUGUCGCCCCCUGCCGGACAAAACAAACAGCUCAGUCCGGGUUCCAUUCGCAACACUUUAGUCCUCCUGAAAAAGCUCGGCGCUAAAGUUAUUAGUUCUUAGUGCCCUCUAGUGGCUGCAGUGGUUAACGGCAUUCAUUUGUUCAUGUUUGAGCUGCUGUCGUUCUCUACUCACGUGUUUACAUGCUGUCGUCAUGGCGAGGUCAUGUGACAUCAACACCACACAGUCCCAGCAGGUUCGUCACCUGAGUGUGAGGAGACUCGCCGCACACCGGUCAGCCUGACUGCCGCCGAGGUCACAUGACACGGUCCGUCCAAACGACUGCAAUCAUCAGGAGUCUCCGUGUUGGCACAAACAGAAGCAGACUGUCAUCGGCCUGCUGCUGGACUUACUGCACUAAGUAUGAAGACAAACACACACUCUUAAGUCAUCCCACACUGUAUGUGUGUGUGUGUGUGUGUGUGUGUGUGUGUGUGUGUACUGCCUUGUUUAUUUUCUGUUCUUCUAUUAUCAAUGUUAACAAUUCCAAAGUGAUGCACGAGAGGGCCGGGUGGUGGUCCUGAUGUGAGUACACUGCACCCUAGUGGACAGUCACGUGACGACCCCAUCUGUUUGCAGGUCUCCAUUGGACCAUAAAUCACACACACAUGAUGGGAUGCACUCUAGUGUGUGUGUGUGUGUGUAAUCGUAUGAUUUUUUUUCACUUUGAUUCAUUCAACUUGUGUGCACAAAUGCAUUCUAAGCUUAAAUAAUCAGUGUGGCCGCAAGGUGUCGCCAAAAGUCAAUUUCCCCUGCCUCGAGGCAGCUGCAUCGAGUCCCAUUUGACGAGGUAAUAAGGUAUUAUGUCCAGCAGGUGGCGCCAACAAUCUUGUUUCCCUGUAAACAGCUGGACGAAGCUGCUGUAUAAAGCAAAACCUUAACGUAAGUCAUUUUACAAAACUAAAAUUGAAGUUGAAAUAUUAAAGUUUCUAAAAUACAUUUUUUUAAUUGGUCACGAGAAAGUAAGUUAUAUAAGAAAAUAAAGUUGUAAUUUUUGGAAAAUGGGUUGUGAAAAAGUUACAUUACAACAAUAAAGUCAAAAUAUGUGAAUAACAUGAGAAAAGGAACAUGUAAAUGUUGAAAUAUUUGGAAAAGAAAACGUUUACAAUCAUAAUGGUCUUUCUCACCAUCACAAAACUGAAAUGCACCUUUAAAAAAUCACCUUAAAAUAUGUAACUUCUUAGCAUAUGCCCAUAGGUGUUAUAUAUUAUACCUAUAUUAUAGGUUAUAUUUCAGUAUGCGACCUAUUGUGGAAUAAGUAAUGUAUUAUUGCGUCCGCUAGGUGUCGCCAAACAUCAAUAACCUAACUUGACGAGCCAGCACAACCGGAGUGGAUGUUUUGUUUUCAUAAAUCAAAGUUAAAGUAAGGAAACUUUGGCGGAAACGGGUGAGGGCCGGGUACCAAGGGCAGUUUCUCCCAGGAAAAGCGGCAGGAUUUAUAAAUACCGUUAAGAUGCCACCUUAACAAGUGGUUUACUUUCCGCUAGAUGGCUCAGGCCUGCAUAGCAAAGUGGAUGUGGGCGGCAUCUUUUUGGUUGAGGUGCACACCAGCGCACACAUUGUAUGAUGUCAUGGUUUAUUUCAAAGAAGUUGAAAAAUGAGUAUCAGGUAGAAUCCACAUCGAUAGAAACAUAUUUACAGUAUAAAUUAAAUCAGUGUACGUGUGUAAUACUGUUGAUGAGACAAUUAAAUUAGAGGCUCCACAUUCAUAGCACCUUUGGUCCAAACACAAAAAUGUACAAAUGACAUAAGGAAAAAAAGGUCACAUUAUUUUUGUUUUCAUAGCGUCGUGUGGAAAAAACGCAUCAGACGAGCGUCCACGGCGAGCGGUGGUGAGCUCGCUCGUCCAGCUGCGAGGUUUUGACGAGGAGCUGAGGCACUGAGGGGGCGGAGUCGCACUCAUUGGUAAGUUGGUAAGACACAAGGUGCGACUUCCUGCUUUAAACUCAACGCUGUCCGUGAUGAAGAUGGCGGCAGAGUUCUGAGGGAGGCGGAGGCCUCACGGCGGCCGUUCCCCUCAGUGGUUCCGCUGGUUGAAGAAGCCGACGCUGGUCGGCGACUCCUUCACGGUGACCGUGAUGAAGUUGGCAGUGAUGUCGGUGACAAACACUUGUUCCAGAAGGCUCCGCGCCGGCCGCCAGUCUGUUUCCGUGUCCGACUCGGUGGCGGCGUCGCCGAGGCUGGGGCGGCUGUUGCUGGGAUAGGAGGCGGCGUCUGGUUCCGAUUCGCUACUGCUGCUCUCGUCGGAGUCGCCCGUGCUGAGCUCGUUCAAGCUGCGGCUCGGUUUGCGCUCGUCCUGCCUGCCGGCGCCUGCCGAGCGAGCGCCGCCCGCUGACAGCGACGCGUCCUUUCUGCUCUUCUCAGCGCCGCCACCGGCAGGAAGAAUCGGACGCUGCGCUCCCGUUGACAUUCGAGAGUCCUUGAUCACCACCAGGCUGCCGCUACGUGAACUGGAGCGCACGGCCGCGCCGCUAUUCCCCUGGUGGCCACCGGGUGGCGUCUUCGUGACGCUCUGCAGGUUGAGUGCGCGAAGGCUGAGCGCCUGAUUGGCCGCUCGGUGUGACGACGACGACGCUUUGGAAAGCACUUGUUUGUGUUGGCCCGGCGCCGAGUGACCGCCGUGGCUGUCCUGCCUCCUGUGGCCCAGCACGGAGCGCUGACCUCCAGCCUGACCCCCAAAGCUUCCUGCUGAACCUCCGGCCAGUUUCAGAGGGGGCGGAGUCGCUUUAAAGGCGUCUCCUCGCCCGCCGCCAGACUCGGAAAUGGAGCGCUUCAGCUCGGAGAGCAAGCUCUUUGUUUGCGGUGAACUGCCGGCUUUGACGUGAGAGGGCGACGGCGAGGAUGCCGGCAGGGGGCGGUUCCAAGUGCAGCCCUGAGCGCCGCCUUUGGACGUCGCCGACUGAGAGAACGCGGAGCUGUGGGCGGCGGACGUGGUCUCGUCCCUUCCGGUCCUGCUCAGCCCGGUGUAAGUGAAGCUGGCCGGCUGCAGCGGCUUCUUGACCCCCGGCCGAGACUCCUCCCUGGGAAGGCGGAGCAGCUGGUGGUGGCGUGGGGGCGGAGUCAGCUGUCUACUUUUGGACUGUUUCAGCGCCCUCAGGUCCGGGUGAAGCGGCUUCCGCCCACGCUUUUUACGCGGCGGGUCGGGCUUGGCCAGCAGGAUCUGGGGCCUCUUCUGGGGGACCGGGUGGAGCCGGGGGCUCGUUUUGGCCUUCUUGUGCUCGUGCUCGUCAUCUUCCUCCUCGGACGACGACGGCGAUGACGACAGGCCCGAGUAGGACGACGACGACGAGCGGCUUUCUUUGGCAGCGGGCAGUGUCGGCAGCUGAAGACGAUAAUCCAUACAGCAAAAUAAAUAAAGCACAUUUUUAGCUCCCCCCAGUGGUUGGAAGUGGAACUACUGCUUUGUGUAUCAGCAAAGGAUGUUCGAGUGCAGGCUAGUU